AUGGCAUUGACCUAUGACAGACCAGUUUCAUACCAAUCACAUAUGUUUAACCCGAUCAUUGAGUACGACCAUAAUAACAUCAAUAUAAAGAUGGAACCACAUUCCUUUGACUACUUUGCUAAAGAACCCAGCAACGUGUUUUUACAAGGUCCUUCCAUGGAGGAUUUCAAAAUCAAACACAAACCAGUUCUCGGAGAACCAGAGUCGCCACAACUUAUUAGCUGGACAAGAACACACCCACAGAACUGGCAGAGAAAAGAAGUUCUGGACUGGAUUUAUUUUGUCGUAGAGCAGGAGCAUUUGGAUGGGUCCAAACUGCAAGGCGAAGCCUACAACAAUUUCGAUGGUAAAGAUCUCUGUGAAAUGGAUAGGAAACAGUUUCUUCAGGCCGAUCCUUACUACGGUUCCAAAAUGUAUGAAACUUUUCGGAAUUUAGUCAAUGGAGUUUCAUUUCUACAGCCUAAAGAUGAAACAGACAUUGAUUGUCUGGACACUUUUAACACCGCCAUAUGUACAGAAUACACGGAGCUGAACAGGAACAUUUCCAGGAACGUCGUUGGUAGAUCUCAUCUUUCAGGCGAUGGAGUGUGUGAUAAAGACAGACACGGCUCAGAUCUCAUGGUUUACCACUUCGAUAACGACAUCAAAGUCAAUCUCCAAGGACUAGGAGUCUACUCCAUAAGUCCAGAGAUUGAAUUUCCAUUCUCCUCAAAUUCUACUUACUCCGUUCUGCCUCCAAAACUAAAAGAUGCAGAGUCAUUCACACAACCGCUAGCACCGCUAUCACCCUCCCACCUUCCAGAGUUUUCCUCGCUGUCGUCUGCUGGUACGCAGAACUGUCAGUCAUGCUACACAAAACCUCGAUCGUUGUCGUCAUUCUCAUCAUCUGGGUAUACAUCGGCUCCAAAAUGUUCAUUUACAGUCUCCAGGAAGUUGAACUCUUCAUCCUGCUCUCAGACUUCUUCAUCGACGGGAGGGUUGGGACGAUCGUCUCUAGUUUCUUCGCAGUCCAGACAGUCACUGCACUCGUCAUCAUCUUCGUUAUCACCUUGCAGAAUGGAUAAAAUUGAUCACGGUUAUUUAAGUGAAGACUCUGGCUCAACAAGCAUACCUCCCUACCAUCACUCAUCUUUGAACACACUAACUUUCACCGAUGACAUACACAUGGAAAUGGGUCACCAGAGGGGCUAUGUCUCAGUGCCCUACCACGAGGAAAUUCAUAUUACCAAGAAGAAGGACAAGAAGAAUAGGAACAAUGCAACGAAAAAUGGAAAUCAUCUUUGGGAAUUUGUUCGAGAUCUUCUUCGAGACCCGAAAACCAACCCAAAGUUAUUAAAGUGGGAAGAUAAAGAGAACGGAGUGUUCCGAUUCGUGCAGUCGGAGAAAGUGGCUCAGCUGUGGGGAGAGAAGAAGAACAAUCCUUUAAUGACGUAUGAAAAAUUGAGUCGUGCUAUGAGUGCAACUGGAUUUUGGGAUUCAUUUAAAAUGUGUCCUGAAUUUGGGGGAAAAUUUUAA